AUGAGCGCACAUCGAGGCUCGUACGACCCAAAUAGCCCAGCUAUGCCACACAAUACAGUACGUCCGGUAUCCAUAAAAAGUAUGGAUGGUAAGUCUCCGCGGUAUAAUCAGCGUCCGGAUAAUGUUGGUGGAUCUCUUGGAAUUGAUAGGGAAAGUAAAAAUCAGGAAUGCUGCUUUGCUUUCCUUCUGAAGAUCGAGAAUUUGAAGGAACACUUGGCUGAAAUUAGUUGUUGUAAAUGGCUGAAUAAUAUGCCACUGGUUGUUUUUCUAGUCGGUAUUCUAAUCCUUCUAGCUGCCUUAAUCAUCUUGCCGUUCCUGAUUGCAUCGCUCAUCAUACGGGGUUAUUUGUCGACAUCUUUGAAUGGCAGUCAAACGAUGGAGAUCAUUAGAGCGCAGUCGAACUGGCCUAGUGCCGACCCAUCAUUACAGUUCAGGUCUUUCAAAUCGAUGCUCCCUCCGAACGUUACCUUAUGCAAGGGAUAUGGGUUUUCAUGCACAAAUUUGCCGAGCCUUGUCAUUGGAACAUUGCAACGUUGUGAUGGUAUCGAAGAUUGUCCAGAUGGAAGCGAUGAAAUUGGAUGCAAAUUGUGUCACACGACGGUCAAUUGUUCCAGUCCAACCUACGGAGUGAUCUCAUCGAGAAAUUCGAUGUGUCUACGAGGUUAUCGUUUAUGUGAUGGAAAUGUGGACUGCCCGGAUGGUUCUGAUGAAGAGCGCUACUGCAAAAAAGAAUGCUCGAAACACGAAGUACGGUGUGGUAACACAGAUAUAUGCUUGACCCACGAGCAGAGAUGUGACGGUGAUAUGCAAUGUAAGCACGGUGAAGAUGAAAAAAACUGUGAUGGCAAAUGUCGCGGAGGCGCAUUAUGGUGUGAAGGGAAGAAAAAGUGUGUACCCAAGUGGCAAAUUUGCGAUGGAGUUCGAAAUUGCCCGGAUGGCAGGGAUGAAAUGGACUGCACGUGCAGAGAAUGCUCAGGUAUUGGGAAGGCAUUGUGUAACAACACUAAUGUUUGCAUCGAACGUUCACAGAUUUGUGACGGUAACGAGGAUUGUCCUGGUGGAGAUGAUGAAGUCAACUGUCCCGGAAGCUGCGCACAUAGCUUCAAAGAGGAUUUUAUUCGAUGCCGAGAUGGUAUCCUUUACCACAGAAAGUAUGCUUGCAGUGGAAUAGUGGAUGAAUGUGAAGGGAAGUGUAGUGAAUGUUUCGAAGAGAUGGCAUUCACUUGCAAGAAUCAUAAAUGUAUCAAAAGGAGCUUGGUAUGUGAUGGCUUGGACGAUUGUGGCGACAAUUCCGAUGAAACGAACUGCAACUGCACUGCUAUGAAGCGUUUGGGAGGUACAAUACAGUGCAAAAUGUACGCUCGUGGUGGGAAGACGCAACGUUGUGACGGUUACGAGGAUUGUCCGGAUGGUGAAGAUGAGAGAAAUUGCGAGAAAUGCAUCAAUCCAAAUGCUAUUUAUUGUGAGCCGACGAAAACUUGCUUGGGAAAUAUGAAGCGUUGUGAUGGUAUUACUGACUGUCCCGAUGAUAAUGAUGAACAAAAAUGUAGUUGUGCAGGUAAAUGGAUCGUUAUUAAUGCAGAAUACAUGGGUUCCCUACAUAUAUGUGUACAAAUGUGGCGAAAUGCUUUAGACGACAUGAAGUAUGUAAUCCCUAUACGCGAUGUCCGAAUGCUUCAAAAGUGGACAAGCUGUUCUGUGCCAGCCAAGCACGACAAAGCGCUUUUCUUGCUGCAAAAAAGAAAGUUUGAACAAGAUCUAUUGUCUACGCUGUUGAUGGCAAUGGAUGUCUAUGAGGGACAGGCACAGUAUUUCGGCAGCAUCCCUUUUUAUACAUUCCUAAAGGAAGUCAAAAUUACGGCUGCUUGGCUACCUGCUGUAAUUUGUUCAUCAUAG